CUCUUGCUCGUCUCUUUCUCGCAAACCUCGCCUUGGCCGAAUCCAUUGCCUACCUUCGACCUCAUCCUCCGCUCGCUUCCAAAACCCUCGCGGUACAGUCGCGACUGGAGCUAGCUAGCUGGGAAGGCAACGACCGGAUCGCGGCGUGCAUAGAUCUCUGAAACUCCCGUAAAACUCCCAUUUCCACUCCGCUCCUACCCGAAUAACCCGCGUCUUUCUCUUUCUUCCACCCAACCUCCUUCGCGUACUUCACUUCCGUGAAACUCCCGUAAAUCUACCUUCCAACGGGAUUUGCUGAUUCAGGGAUUUAAGCUACAAGGACACGCAACAUCGAAGGGGAAGUUCGGAUCAAACUUUCGGUUCUCCUGCGAGCGGCGGCUAUGGCAGCGGAAAAUGAAGGCAUAGCCCUCCUAUCCAUGUACGGAGACGACGAGGAAGAGGAAGAAGCCGCCGUCACUGCGGGUGAGGAAGAAAUUGCAGCCACUGCUUCGGCGGAAUACGGCGACGGCGAAGACAACGACGGUAUCUUGAAGGACAACCUCAACAAAAGCAACAACGUACCGCAGCCCAUCACCGAACAAUCUCCUCAACCCUUCUUUUCUCCUUCUCCGCUUCACCCUCUCGAUGGCACCGAAAUGAAAGCCCUAAGGAGCCCAUUUCUACAUCAGACUCCCACGCUGCAGCCGCCAGCGUCUCGGUCGCAGCUUUCUUCGCCAUUAAACUUGACCUCUCCUUCUUCUCCCCAUCCUCUAGUGCCUCCUCCUAUGCAAGAAUAUUCUACCAGAAGAAGUGCGCUGGCUAUAGUCGACUACGCUCAAGAUGAAAUUGCCAUGUCUCCUGAAGCUGAGGUGACAGAGAUUGAGAUUUAUGGACGUGUUAUAUUUGGGGCAGAACUUCAUGUUUCUGAAGGGAACAUUGAAGGAGUAACACUAGUAACUUCUGAGUCGCUUACUUCUGUCAGUCAACAAGAACCUCUUCCAUCGUUUGAUAUCUACGAGCAAUCCAAAUUUGAGGCUAGUGUUGCAAUCGACUUUACUGCAACAGAAUCAGAGGUAGCUGAGGUCAAGGAUCCUUCUACUGUUUCCACAGAUAUGCAAAUAGAUAUGCCCAUGCAGAAUUUCCUUCCACCAACUGUAACGACCAAGUGCCCAGAAGAGCUUCAGGAAAAAAUAAACAAGUUUCUUGCUUAUAAGAGGGCUGGGAAAAGUUUCAAUGUAGACUUGCGCAAUAGGAAGGAUUACAGAAAUCCAAAUUUUCUGCAGCAUGCUGUGAGUUAUCAGGAUAUUGAUGAGAUUGGUACUUGCUUUAGCAAAGAAGUCUUUGACCCACAUGGAUACGACAAAAGUGACUACUAUGAUGAAAUAGAGGCCGAUUUGAAGCGUGAAGUGGAGAGAAAAGAGCAGGAAAGAAAAAAGAGUCAGAAAAUUGAUGUAGUUUCUGGAUGCACACAACCAGGCGGAGUUCCUCAAGCCUUGAAGACGAAUUCUCAUAUAGCCGCUACAGGAAUUUCAUCUCUUCUAAAUAGCUCAUUGCCACCAAAUCCCACAGCUGGUGAUGCUGCAAGGGACAACCGUACAAAUAAGAAGUCAAAGUGGGACAAGGUUGAUGGUGAUACUAAAAUUUCAUUGCCUUCUGGAGGACAUGAUAAUCUACCUAGCGUCAGUGUGCAUGCAAGUCAUUUAUCUGCUGCUAGUGCUGGUACUGGGUAUAGUGCUUUUGCGCAGCUGAAGAGAAGAGAAGCUGAAGAAAGAAAGUCGAAUGAGAGAAAAUUUGACAAGAGGUCAUGACCAGAUUUAUUUCAUUUGUUAAUCCGAAGGUCACCCAUAUUGAUGCACCGUCGCUCUCAUAGCGAAUGUAAUGUCCUCAACUCAGGGGUGCAUUUUCUAUUUAUUUUCAGUAUAUAUAAUAAUCUAAGAAUAUUUUCCUUGCCUGAUUCUGUAUAAUUUUUGUAAUAUCUGUAAGCAAUUCAUUUCAAGAAGCCACUGCAGAAGUGUUGAGCCACUUGAGCUCAUUGGUUUUUGUGACACCAGAACUGCAGUUGGGCCUGUUAGGAAGGGAUACUCUAUCGGCCUCCAGUACAAGAUGAUGGUUGCAUAUUAUGCUAGUUAAUAUAAGGUUAGUAAAUUUCUUUUUGCUUCUAAGAUGCUACAAGGCUUCAUCCUUUUUUAGGGGGUAUUUGCAUACAUACAUCCAAUUCCUAUGUAUUUACAUAUCUAACGCCUUAACGUUACAUUUUACA